AAUCUCCCAAUUCGUCUCUUUCCUUCCUCUCACCCCCAACAGGCAAUCGGAAAACUCAAUACCUAAAUCUGUCCGUCGGAUUACUGAAUUCAAAUUCACGAAUGGGAAAGAAGCGCAAACAAUCCGAAAGGGCGGCGCCCGCCGCUGUGGUGGAGGAAGAAAAUGUGGAAGAAAGGCCAAAAAGAACUCUCUUUGGCUUCAAAGACAAACCCGAAGAGAAAAAGGAAGGCGACGAAAAUCCUCAAACGGUGGGUUUUCGGAAUAAAGAAAAAGUCUUGGUCACUUGUUCGCGCCGAAUUAGUUACAGGUAUCGGCAUUUGAUGUUGAACUUGGUUGACCUCUUACCUCACUGUAAGAAAGAUAACAAAGUCGAGGCUAAGGGUAGUAAAGGCGCCGCCUUGAACGAGCUCGUCGAGCUCAAGAGCUGCUCUUCUUGCUUGUUUUUUGAGUGUAGGAAAGGCAAAGACCUUUACAUGUGGAUGUCGAAGUGCCCGAACGGUCCGUCUGUCAAGUUUUUGGUCAAUGCAGUGCACACGAUGGAAGAACUGAAACUUACUGGUAAUCAUUUGAAGGGUUCGCGCCCUAUCUUGACGUUUUCGUCCGACUUCGAUAAAAGCCCUCACUGGCAGCUUUUGAAGGAGAUGAUUACUCAGGUCGGAAUUUUUAAUUUCGAAGUGCAAUUCUGUUAUAUUCUCGUGUACGAAGUGGUCGACAGACAUCUUAUUUUUUUUUUUUUGCAGAUAUCGUGCCCCAAUAAUAGUCAACUGAAACUCGAGCGUGGAGAUUUGGACAAGAUGACACUCAUUGAGGUCGGUCCGAGAUUUUGUUUGAACCCUAUAAAGAUGUUUGGAGGCAGCUUUGGGGGUCCCACUUUAUACGAGAAUCCCUUCUAUGUUUCACCAAACCAGAUUCGGUCGUUGGAGAAGAGGAAGAAGGCUGGAAAAUAUGCAAAGAAAGUCAAAGCAAAGACGAGGAGGAAGAUGCACGAGAUGGAGAAUCCACUCGAAGUUGACGAGUUUGCUGAUAUGUGGAAGGACUGACCAAUCGAAUCGUAAGAAGAAAAAAAAUAUAUAUAUUCAAGAAUAUAUGGCUUAAUUAAUUGCAUACCGAAUUGGCAAAAAUUUUGAGAUAUUUUGGAAAUCUGUAACCGAUUUUGACUUGUAUUUUGGAUGCUUAAUCCUCGUAUUUUGGAUGCUGAAUCCUCGUAUUUUUGUGUCUCGUUUAAGAAAAAGUUUGCACCUGUGUUUAAUUUGAAAGGUAUAAAUGGAUGUUAUGCUAUUUUUUUCA